GUCUCUAGUACCGGGACUACGACGCCGACCGCUGGCGGAGUCACCACGACGGGCAAGCCAACGAAGGAGAAACCUCGUGGGCCUAGCGGGAAGGCUCAUGACGAGGAUGAAGAGGAAAUGAAGCCGAAGGAAGACGAAGAGGAAAGACCGAAGGAGGAAGCGGAGGAUGAAGACGACGACGAAGGUGAGGAUGAAGACAAGGAGGAGGAGGAGGAGGAGGCGGAAGCGGAGCGAAGUAACAGGAAGGAGGCCAAGAGGAGAGAGAAGGAACGAAAGAGGAAAGCUGGUGAGAAGGGACCUCUACAAGAGGACGAGGAAGAAGAGGUGGGCGAAGAGCGCACGGACACCGG